AUGCGCGGCAUCCUAUCUCUAACGGCUUUUCUAGCCGCCCUCAGCCCGGCCGUAGCCCUCCAUCAAGGCUUCAACUACGGCGCUUUCUUCACCGACACCUCGCCCAAGAAACAAGCCGACUUCGAAGCCGAUUUCAAGCUCGCCCAGGACCUCCAGGGUUUCCCCACCGGCACCUUCAACAGCGCGCGCCUCUACACCAUGGUGCUCGCCGCCCUGACCACCGCCAUGCGCAUCUACAGCAAGCCCUUCACCGACCUCGUCAUGGGCAUCUCAGUCGGCAGCGAGGACCUGUACCGCUCCUCUGCCGCCGGCCGGAGUAUGAACGCCGGCCCCGGGGCUACAGCGGCGGAGAUUAUGAAGUAUAUCCGCCAGUUGAGGGAGAGGUUGCGGGGCACGCCGUUGCAGGGGGUGAAGAUUGGGCAUGUGGAUACUUGGUCGGAGUGGGUUGAUGAGGGGAAUCGGGAGGUGUUGAGGGCGGUGGAGUUUGUGGGGAUGGAUGCGUAUAGUUAUUGGCAGGGGAAGAUGGAGAAUGGGGUUGAGCAGGCUGGGAGGUUGUUUAACAUGGCGAUGACGGAGACGGAUGUGGUGGUGGAGAAGGUGUGGGAGGAGGGCGGGUUGUUUAGUAAGAACCUAACGUCGGUGUGGGUGACGGAGACGGGGUUUCCGGUGAGUGGGAUGACGGUGGGGAAGGCGGUGCCGUCGAAGGAGAAUGCGCUACGGUUCUGGCAGGAGGUUGGGUGUGGGAUGUUGUUUGGGAGGGUGAAUACGUGGUGGUAUACGCUGCGGGAUGUUGGGAGGGGGACGCCGGUGCCGAGCUUUGGGAUUCUGGAUGGGAGUAUGGGGGGACAGCCGCUCUUUGAGCUUUCGUGCGAGAAGAAGGGGGAGGAGGGGAUAUGCGAUGCGGAGUAG